AAAGUGGAACUAGUACAUGUAAAGUCUGCCAUAUUUAUCAUCAAAAAUACGUACGAAAUAUUUUUACAUCAAAAUUUAUUUAAAAGUAAAUAAAUACAUUGCAUUGAAGAGUAAUUAUUAAAAGUGAACAUGCAAUUGAGAAUAAAAAUUAUUCGUGAGGGCAAAAUGACGCAAUAAAAACAUUUAAAAUGGAGGAAUUAGUUUCACCUAGUGACAGAUUAAUUUGGUUUUCUCUGAAUGACUUUUUGCCGUACAUUUAUAAAUAAAAAAUACAUUUCAAACUAUACAUAACACAUUUAUAUACAAAAAAAAAUAAUUAAAAAUGAUGGAUUCUGAUUUAUCUGGAGCUGACAUAUGUCGUGUAUGUAGAUCUGAAGGACUUGCGGAUCGUCCAUUGUUCCAUCCAUGUAUAUGUACAGGGAGUAUUAAAUGGAUUCAUCAAGAAUGUUUAGUACAAUGGAUGCGUUAUUCACACAAAGAAUACUGUGAAUUAUGUGGACAUAGAUUUUCAUUCACACCAAUAUAUUCACCGGAUAUGCCAAGAAGAUUACCCUUAAGAGAUGUAGCUGGUGGUUUGUUGUCGUCUGUUGCAACAGCUGUUAAAUAUUGGUUACAUUAUACAUUAGUUGCAUUAGCUUGGCUUGGAAUUGUUCCAUUGAUGGCAUGUAGAACUUAUCGUUGUUUAUUCACUGGAACUUUGGAUGCUUUCUUAACAUUACCUUUACAUAUAAUAUCCCCGGAUAACGUUGCAUCCGAUGUUUUCCAUGGAUGUUUCGUAGUCACUUGUACACUAUUUGCUUUUAUUGGUCUUGUUUGGUUACGAGAACAAAUAUUACAUGGUGGUGGUCCAGACUGGUUAGAACGAGAGAAUGCUCCACCGGGUGGAAAUGUUGAAAAUAACCAAGAUAAUGGAAUUAUUGGUGAUAAUAAUAAUGUUAUUAAUGAUAAUAAUGCAAAUGAGAACGAUGCAAAUAUCGAAGCUGAUCAAGUUCCAAAUGAAGUUGUUCCACCUGCAGAAAAUCCUAAUGAUAAUUUAUUGAUAGAAGUAAAUAUUGAUGUAUUACCAGAAGAGGAAGAAGCACCAGAAGCAGCUGGGGAUGAAGCUAACUGGAAUCCAAUGGAUUGGGAUCGUGCUGCAGAAGAUUUAACUUGGGAACGACUUUUAGGUUUAGAUGGUUCUCUUGUGUUUCUCGAACACAUAUUUUGGGUGAUUUCAUUGAAUACAGUUUUUAUCUUAAUAUUUGUAUUUUGCCCGUAUCAUAUUGGUCAUGUAGCAAUCAUUGCUAUGGGUUUAAGAGAACAAGCUACUGCAAGUAACUUUGAAGGUCUUGUUACAACGUUAUGUGGCUAUUGCAUAAUAGGACUUUGUUUAGUGACAUUACACCAUAUUGCUGGCAUUCUUGGCUUAAGAAAGUCACGAAGAAUAUUAGGUCUUGGUUAUGUCGUUGUCAAAGUAUCAUUGUUAUCAGUUGUGGAAAUUGGAGUGUUGCCAUUAAUUUGUGGAUGGUGGUUGGAUAUAUGUUCAUUGGCCAUGUUUGAUGCAACAUUAAAGGAUCGAGAGACUAGUUUUCGACUAGCACCGGGCACAUCAAUGUUUUUACAUUGGCUGGUUGGAAUGGUUUAUGUUUACUAUUUUGCAUCGUUUAUUUUAUUAUUACGCGAAGUUUUAAGACCUGGGGUUUUAUGGUUUUUAAGAAAUUUAAAUGAUCCUGACUUCAGUCCUAUUCAGGAAAUGAUACAUUUACCAAUAAUACGACAUAUUCGUCGUUUAUUGGCAUCUUCAGUUGUAUUUGGUACAGCCGUAUUAUUAAUGUUAUGGUUACCUGUUCGAAUAUUACGUGCAGUAUGGCCAACAUUUUUGCCAUAUACAGUAGCACUGCAUACCGAGACACAAGUUCAUGAAUUAUCUUUAGAAUUAUUACUUUUACAGAGUUUUUUUCAGGUCAUCCUACCAGCUCUGUUAGAACAAUCACAUACAAGACAAUGGUUGAAAAGUAUUAUAAGAACUUGGUGUCGAGCAGUUGCUUGGGCAUUAGACCUUUAUUCAUAUUUACUUGGUGAUGAUAAUUCAACGACUGUUCCACCACCUGCCCCAGCUCCCCCAGAACAUGCCGCUCCUGGAGGUGGUGGCUUGGGAGCUGCUCAUCAAGCAUUAUUACAACGUGAAAGUCCAACUGGUUUCCAACCAUAUAAUCGACCUAAAUUUCUUGCUCUCCGACUUAUUAUACUUUUAGCAAUUGUUUGUGUAUCAUUAAUUACAUCUAGUUUAAUAGCAUUAACUUUACCUGUGUGGCUCGGUAGACGAGCUAUGGAAUUAUGGCUAACAGGUGCCCCACCACCAUCUCCUCAACCACCAACUCCUGGCAAAGUCCAUGAAUUGUAUACAGCUGCAUGUGGCACCUAUUUAUGUUGGCUUGCAUGCCGUGGUUUACAUAUCGUUGCCAGUUGGUUACCACAAGGUCGGGCAGCAAUGAUUGCCCGUAUCAAACAUUGGUUUAUUCUUGGUGCACGCUCGUUUGCAGCAUGUAUUUUAUUAUUAGGUGUAAUUCCAUUAUUAUUUGGCUUACUUUUAGAAUUGGUUGUUGUAGUCCCAUUACGAGUACCUUUACAUCAAACACCUGUAUGUUUUAUAUGGCAAGAUUGGGCAUUAGGUGUGUUAUACACAAAAAUAGCUUGUGCAAUUACAAUGAUGGGUCCCGAUUGGAAGCUACGUACAGCUAUUGAGCGUGCAUAUCGUGAUGGUUUACGUGACAUGGAUUUAAUAUUUAUAACACGUGAACUAGCAGCACCAGUCAUCAUAUGUUUUGGUCUUGCAUUAGCUGUUCCCUAUGUGAUUGCACACUCAAUAGUACCAUUAAUUGUAACCAAUGCACAAUUACAAAUAUUAAUUGUGCGUAGAUUAUACCCAUUUUUAUUGUUAAUUGCAAUGUUAAGUGGUGUUGUUACUUUACAAAUUAGACAAUUUAAAAAAUUAUAUGAACAUAUUAAAAAUGAUAAGUACUUGGUUGGACAACGACUUGUCAACUAUGAUCAUCGCAGAAAUAGAUCUCAUACAACAACUAAUUCUUCAUUAACCACACGCUAAUUUUAAUCAAAUAUUUUAAAAUGAUUACUCAUGAUGAUUGAAUUCCUCCCUCUCCUGUCCCAGUCCUACACAUGGGUAUAUAAAAAAAAUUACUACUUUGUAUUAUAUAUAUAUCGUUAUUGUAAUUACGGUGUUUGUUAAUAUUUGUAUAUGUUAUAUUAGUCAUUACAAAUGUUUUUUUUUCUUUUGUAUUUGUUUUGUUGUCUCAUCAAUUUUUUCAGAGUCCCUUUACAUUGAAAAAUUUGCUUGCAACAAUAGUAUUUAACCCGAUAAAUAGAUUGAGAUUCUGCUUCGGAUUCCACUGACAUAAAUUAUUGGAAUUAUUUCAAGAAAAAUUUCUGUCUUACUCCGAUAAUUCUGAUUCUUGUUCACUUCGAAAACUAACGAUUUGAAAUUUUAUUUUAAAUAGCUAUGGGUCGCUUUACGUUGAUUUUGAAACGGACUUUAAAACGAGUCGUGAA